CACUUCCGUCUUGUGAACAGCAGCUGGAGAAGCUAAGAGCUACAUUAGCAUCGUUAGCACUGAGGAGCUAAUAAAAAGACUAAAGCUGGAUUUUAUUUGUAUUUUAACUUGAUAUAAAAGGCUCUCGGUGGGGGUUCCGGUGCGGCCGGGGCGGUGCUUCCUGCUGAACCUGCUCCGUUCCCUCACUUCUUCUUCUGCCUGCGGAUGUGUGUGUGUUGAGGAUGACAAUGGAAGAGAUGAAGAAUGAAGCUGAGACGGGUUCCAUGGUCUCCAUGACGCUGUACGCCGUCAUGUAUCCCGUCUUUAACGAGUUGGAGAGGAUAAACCUGUCAGCAGCUCAGACCCUCCGCGCUGCCUUCAUCAAAGCGGAGAAGGAGAACCCGGGUCUGACCCAGGACAUCAUCCUGAAGAUCCUGGAGAAGAAGAACGUCCAGAUUAACUUCACUGAGUCGUUACUGCGCAUGGCUGCCGACGACGUGGAGGAGUACAUGAUCGAGAGACCUGAGCAGGAGUUUCAGGACCUGAAUGAUAAAGCUCGAGCGCUGAAGCAGAUCCUCAGUAAAAUCCCUGACGAGAUCAACGACAGAGUUCGAUUCCUACAGACCAUCAAAGACAUCGCCAGUGCCAUUAAGGAGCUGCUGGAUACGGUCAACAACGUCUUCAAGAAAUACCAGUACCAGAACCGCCGGGCGCUGGAACAUCAGAAGAAGGAGUUUGUGAAAUACUCCAAGAGUUUCAGCGACACGCUCAAGACCUACUUCAAGGACGGGAAAGCAAUAAACGUGUUCAUCAGCGCCAACCGACUGAUCCACCAAACCAACCUGAUCCUGCAGACCUUCAAAACCGUCGCCUAGGAAACAGAGAGAGAGAGAGAGAGAGAGGAUGAAUGGAUGAGUGAUGAUUGAGUGAGAGCGUAUAGAGGAUUAUAGAGGAGAACCUGCUAUCAUGUAAAAUAAUUAUAAUAAUAAUAACACACACACUCACACACGGCUUUUAUUUCUGUUUAUUAUCUUUAUUUUUAUUAAAUAUAAAUUAUAAUCGUCUCAGUUCGGCUCUGAGAAUCGAACCCGAGGCGUGUUUCAAACCGACUCUGCCUUCUUCACUUCCCCUCGACUGCAGAUGCACCCUCCUAACACCAGGGGGCGAGUGUGUAGGAAGCAGUACAGACGAAUUGAGACACGCUCUGCUUAACGUUUGACUCUGUGAGGCGGUGAAUGGCGCCUCGCUCGGCCAGCAGAGGUCGCCCUUGUUCAAGAGCGCUAGGAGCUAGCGCAUUACACCGCCUCACAACCUCGCCAUGGAGGAUCAGCGUGGCUCUGUACGCCAUACGGCUCUCUGUGAGACGACCACAUUAGGUCCUGACGCUGGCUAGCCUGCACGUGCUACCUGCAUCAGCCCGUUUGUUAAUAGCAAACCGUCACCAUGACACGAAGCGAAUAGCAUGGCUUAGCUUCUUUCCUGAUGAGCACGAUAGCAGGUUUACUUACGAGUAGCGUACAUAGCAGGUUGCCAAACACCUAGCACACACAUACACUUGCUAAAUGACUAGCGUGCAUGCUAAUUGUACAGAUACGAUGUACAGGUUCCCAGGUAGCAUUCUAGCCAACUCGCGGAUUAGCGGUGCUAACACGGCAGCGGAGUAGAUUAGCGAAGAUGAAAGCAGGGAUCGGUGUCGCUGGGACGAGCGGAUCGAAUCGCACAAACGUUUCCAGUGAACAAAGGUAAACCGAGAGCGAGUGAGCGAGGGGAAGUGAACGAGGGAGCAGAGUCACACCGAUUUGAGACGUGUCCCACACUCCUCCUGUUCUGAUUUCUGGGUUCGUUUGGUUGUGGUGAGAGGAAUCGGAACCCGGCCGCCGCUCUCGGUGCUGUUCCUCCCUACAGAGUGUAAAUAAUCCUGCAGCGCCGCCACGCCCGUGUCUGAGAGACGCCGCCACGCCCGCCACAACACAUCAUCACGUUUGUGUAUUUAACGCUGGUUCAGUUGCAGAUGUUCAAUAAAAACUUUCCACAUGUUGAACUUUU